CGGCGGAUGUCGCCUAUGUGCUGAGGCUGUCAAGCUGCUGUCAUUGGCAAAGUGUGCAGCUGAUCGUUAUGUGGUGUGUGACGAUCCCUAUGAGAUCUGUGCUGUGUACAGGGGGCCGCUCAGUUGCCAGUUUAUUCCCUCUGUUUCAAAAGUUAUCGUAUUGUAACCAAGGAAGCAGAAAUGCCAGCACAGCCGCCCGAACAAGAACACUACGUCAUUUUGGACGCGCAUACUCUACUUCUCAUACAGUGGAUCCUACAGAGAUGAAGAAGUUUCAGACUUGGUCAGCAAAAUGGUGGGACGAGGAAGGAGUAUACUCUGCUCUCCAUGCCAUGAAUGAUAUUCGGGUCCCCUUUGUAAGAGAUAUUCUUAUGAGCAAGAGCCAUCAUCAUGAUGUUGGGUGCCCUCUGUCUGGUGUACAGAUCCUUGAUGUUGGCUGUGGUGGAGGACUUCUAUCUGAGCCACUUGGAAGACUAGGCGCUGCGGUUACAGGAAUUGACCCUCUCGAAGAUAACAUUACAACAGCAAUACUUCACAAGUCAGCUGAUCCUGUCUUAGACAAGCUUAUCCAGUACAAGCCUUGCACACUGGAAGAGGUUGAGGAGCAGAAUGUUGAAUGCUUUGAUGCUGUUGUGGCUUCAGAAGUCGUAGAACAUGUGAAUGAUCUUGAGUCCUUCAUCCAAAGCUGUUUUCAUGUACUUAAGCCAGGUGGUUCACUAUUUAUCACGACAAUUAAUAAAACCAAGAUAUCCUAUGCUCUUGGCAUAGUGCUAGCAGAGAAGGUCAUGUCCAUUGUCCCCGAAGGUACUCAUGACUGGGACAAGUUUAUCCCGCCCGAAGAGCUUGAAAGACUACUUGAAUCUAAUGGUUUUGUGGUAGAUACUCUGAGGGGAAUGCUGUACAAUCCCUUCAUGGGAUCCUGGAGUUGGUUUGAAGACACAAGCAUUAACUAUGCGGUUCAUGCAUUGAAGAACGUCCGCCAAGAACAGACAUCAGAUAUUGACAUUGAAAAAGAACAAGAUCUCUCUAAGGCAGCAGAAGCAUCUAUAUAAUGGAUUUUCCUGCUGCUU